AUGAUCAAACCAAUAUUGGGAACCAAAAAAAUAAGAAGAGUAAUAUGUAUCAUCAUCGGUUUAUUUUGUAUACUACUAUUGAUAGGCAUAUUCAAACACAAUUCCACUAAUUCAGUCAACAAUGAAGCUUCAAAUUUUACGGUUGACUUUGAAGAGCCACUGUAUACUUUCCCUAAGACGGUGCUAUUUGAAAACAACAACAAUUUGGAUGAUUUAUUAUUAGCAAAGAAGAAUAAUUGGAAGUUUCAAUCCAAUGUAUACAACCAAUUGUUUAUGGAUCAUUCAAUUGAGUCGGUUUUAUCACUAUCAUUUAAUCAAAGAUGUGAAUUAUUGAUUCGUAACAUAAUAUCUCAAAAAGUAUCAUGGAUAUUUGAUCCAUUAGAAACUUUUGAAAUCAAUUAUGAAUCAGAAGAUUAUAUUCAAUUUAUUCAACAAGAAGGAAUAAAGUUGAAUAAAAAAUUUGAAAAGAUUAAGAACAAUUUGAAAUUUAAGACUUCAUUGAAUAAUUUCAUAAAAGAUGAAUAUAAAAUCAUCAGAUCAAAACAAUAUGAACAAAAAAUAAUUGAUCAAUUGACAAUUCUUCGAAUCUUUAAUAAAUGUUUCAUUAAGAAUGGCUCAAAGGAUCAAAAUGAUUUAGUUGAUAGAAUAAUUCAAGAACAACAAAAAUUAGUUACCAAAGCUAAUUCAGCUGCUAAUGGACAACUGGAAUUGGAAUUGGAAUUGAAAUUGAAAUUGAAAUUAACUGAAAAUGAAAAAAUGGUACUGGAAUUAGUAGAAGAUUAUGUUACUUUAGGAAAACGUGUUUAUCCAUGGAUAUCACAACGAUUUCCAUUUUAUGAACGUUGGAAUGGUGAUUCAUACUAUUAUCCACCCAAUUAUGAAGAGAUUUUUAAAGAUAAGAACGAACCCCUUAAAAGUGAACGUUCAACAGUUCGAGAUCUGACAUCAUCACCACUGAUUUUUUUGAAUCAAUUUAAAGAUGCUUCUAAUGGGAAAGGUAUAGUUUUAUCAAUCACUGAAAAACAUAUUGAUGACACAAUUAAUCUUAUUCGAUUGUUAAGAGCUUUGAAUAACAAAUUACCGAUCCAAAUUAUUUAUUUUAAUGAUAUUUCACAAAGUUCAAAAACAAAGAUAAUAAAAGCAGCUAGAGAAGAAAUCAACAAUUUCCCCAAAUCAUAUGAAAAAGUAUACCAUGGUAAACAACCUAGUGUCCCACCAUCACCACCACCACCACAAGAAGUUUGGUUUGUCAAUAUUUAUGAAUCAAUAAAUCCGCAACAUAGGAAUUUAUUUGCAAAAUUUGAUUUUAAAUUAUUAGCUUCACUUUUCAAUUCAUUUAAUGAGUUUAUGUUGAUUGAUGCCGAUACAAUCUUGAUGAAAUCACCAGAAUUUUUCUUCAAUCAUCAAUCAUAUCAACAAACUGGAGCAUUUUUUUUCAAAGAUCGGUCACCAUUACUUAAACGUCCAAUAACCGAUGGAGAAUUUCUUAUCAAAAUGGGACCAUCAUCAAUCGAUUCAAUUAUGUUUGAUAUCCCAAUGAUGACACAAUAUACAACCCAUAGAGAGUUGUUUAAAGGGUUACGUCUAUAUAUGGAAUCAGGAUUAGUUAUGAUAGAUAAACAACGACGACGUCAUUUCAAUUCAAUUUUAAUGAUGAAUCAACUUAAAUUCAUUCAUCCAAUUUCCAAUUCAAUGUGGGGGGAUAAAGAAUUGUUUUGGUUAGGAUUUGCCAUCAAUGGUGAUGAAAAUUAUAAAUUUAAUAAUCAUUUUGCUGCAGCAAUUGGUCAAUUAACUUCAAAUCAAUAUAAUAAAGACAGAAGAACCCCAUUAAAAUCUAAAGAAAUAUGUUCUUCACAUCCGGGUCAUAUAAGUGAUGAAGAUGAUCGAAGUUUAUUAUGGUUUAAUUCAGGAUUUAGGUUUUGUCAUGAAGCAAACAAUAUUGAUUAUCAAGAAGAGACUAAAAAUAAUGUAAUAUUGAAAUUUCUUAAUGGUCGUCAUCCAUUGGAAUUUAAGAAAUAUUAUUCUGAUCCUUUACGAAUUACUCAUGCAAUUGUACCACCUUUGAAUAAGAAUUUUCAAAAAAUGUAUAAUUAUGAUGAAGAACCUACUGAUGGAUGGACAUCAGAACCAAAUUGUAACAAAUACAUGUGGUGUGCAUAUUCAAGUAUAGGUGGUCGAACCGGACCCGAAGAAACUAGUCAUAAAGAGACACUAGAUGGUUUAUUGGUUGAGUAUACCCCUGAAGAAAUUGCAUAUUUCAAUUACUUAGGAGAUGUAUGGGUUGGAAAAUAUUAA